GAUCCGUUAGGUAUUCACGACCAGUCGGAUACUGAAGGCGCCGAUAAUGAGGACAAAUGUUCAAACAAGACAUCGAAGAUAUUUCGAGGAAUAGUCCUUAUGCUUAUGAUAGCCCUCUCAUGGGUCGGCACACUAUGUCUUAUGAAAAUUAGCUUCAAAAGUGAAAAGACUUUGAUUGCCUUCCCUACCAAUCAAUAUAAUAAUAAUUAUACUCAGCAUUUGGAUAGCAGUGAUAGCAAUACAGAAACUCAACAAUUAUCUCCGCAGUCGUAUACUCUUGAGGAGGAUUAUGAGGUGGUGUUUGACGCGCCAUUCCUGGCCACCUGGUACUGCUCCCUCUGGAACAUCUUAUUUCUGCCCAUUUAUACAAUCAGUCAUUUGUGUUGCUGUAAUAAAGAGCACGAGUCAACCAAAAAGAUAAGUUUGUUGGCAUUAGAGUUAAUCGUUGCUGUGAUAAUAUGUGACACAGGAAUCGCUUUAUUAGUAUAUAUGGAUGGCGUUCAACAGCACAGAACAUUGGCUGCUGUUAUGAUAGGGUUUGGUUCAGCCAUCGGAUCCGCUAUAUUUAGAGUAUUCUUUAAACGAAUGAUUGGUUACACGAGUUUUGCACAAAUGUCUCUAUUCUUUACAUUAAUCGGUUUAAUGAACGCAUUCCUUAUGUGGCCUUUAAUACUGUUAUUGUAUUUAUUCGGAGCCGAAAUAAUAGUGUGGUCUCAGAUCCCAUGGGAGACACUCACCUGUUCAGCAAUACUCAGUCUUAUGGCUAAUAUUUUAGGCAAUUUUGUGAUCGACACAUUGGUGUAUAAGUCUAUAUUCAGAGACAUGAAAUUAGCGGGAAUAUUGUUGAUAUUGUUUGGAUUUAUGGUUGUAUUACUGCCGGACAACUGGAAUGAAUAUUUGGGAGACGUAUUGAGGAAACGGUUAGCAAAUUGGAAACGAAGGGAACAAUUGAAGAAGAAUGGAAGAGUUCAGGACACCAGCACUGGACAGGUGUCACGAUUGCGGACAAACAGUGGUCGAGUCAAAUAAUAGACAACAAUCCAUUAUAUAUUAAAUGUUAUAAAAAUAGAUAUAUUUUUAAUACGAUAUAAACAUUUCCAGAAAAGCGAAC